AUGGGCAUCCGUUUGCUGACCAACACACUGACCAUCAUCCCCAAGACGAUUGUGGUCAUCAGAAGCGUUUCUGAAAAGGAUAAAGCUAUGGCUUUGUCGGUCAUGCCGUUUCUGAUUGCAUUGCUCGGCUGGCUGCUGUCGCCAAUCGUCUUCGGCAACGCCAUCGACAGUACUUGCCAGAUCUGGGACAUCAAAUGCCAAAAGACCGGCCGCUGUCUUCUCUACGAUAACAACAGUUUCCGGGUCAAACUCCACGGCUACGGAACUCUGGGAAUCUCGCUGGGGCUCGUGUUUCUCGUACUCACUUACCUCUUUGCCAGAUACACUAAAUGUUUAGACAAAGCUGCCAAAAACGACGUCCUUCCAGAUAAAACUGCGAUGGCUCUUAUUAAUGUAGAAUACAAUGGAGAAAAAAAACUUGCCUGUUAG